UCGAACAGAAUCUGAAAUCAUGGAAGAUGAGAGCAAACUCCGUCAGAGAUGCACUUGGGAAAAAUUUGAAAAUGAAAAAUUUGGAGACGAUAAAGUAUGGUCAGAAACAUCUGACGAACAGAUGCGAGUGGAGAGAUCAAUUGCUGCCCUAUACACCACUUUCAAGAACAAACUUGACAUCAGCCCAGACAUUCCAGAGUUGGAGAGGAACUCCCAUAGAGUAUUUUUGUGGAAGGGCUUGAAGAAUUUGUCAUCAUCAUAUGAGUGUUUAGAUGCGAGUCGGCCAUGGUUGUGUUACUGGAUCCUGCACAGUCUAGAAAUCCUCAACGAGCCUGUUCCUGAGGAUAUUGCUUUGCAAGUCGUGGACUUCCUCAAGCGGUGCCAGUCCCCAACAGGCGGCUAUGCAGGUGGCCCGGGACAGAACGCUCACCUGGCUCCCACCUACGCCGCUGUCAACGCCCUCUGUAUCCUGGCACCAAUCACUGACGAGGCUUACAAGGCAAUCAACAGGGAGACAUUAUACAAAUUUUUAAUGCGGAUGCGGAUGCCAGAUGGCUCGUUCAAGAUGCACGAUGGUGGAGAGGUGGACAUCAGGGGAGCCUACUGUGCAGCCUCCGCAGCACGACUGACUAAUACAGCCACAAAGGAGCUAUUUAAAGACACGUCACUGUGGAUUGCAAGCUGUCAGACGUACGAGGGAGGAUUUGCAGGCUACCCUGGACAAGAAGCCCAUGGUGGCUACUCGUUCUGCGGCCUGGCUACUCUGGUUCUACUCAAUGGUAUUCAGUACUGUAACCUCAAACAGGUUCUGAGGUGGACAGCGAAUCGUCAGAUGAGAUAUGAAGGGGGUUUCCAGGGACGAACCAACAAGCUGGUAGAUGGGUGCUAUUCAUUCUGGCAGGGAGGGAACUUCCCCCUGCUUCACAUGGUGCUCUGCUCUCAAGAUGACCAGGCCCUGAGUGCCCAUCGGUGGAUGUUCCAUCAAGAGGCGCUGCAGGAAUACAUCUUGAUUUGUUGUCAGCACUCCGGGGGAGGUCUCAUUGAUAAACCUGGAAAGUCCCGGGACUUCUAUCAUACGUGUUACUGUCUCAGUGGUCUCUCACUUGCUCAGCACUUCACAGGGGGCCACCUGGCGGACACGUAUAUUGUCGGACAUACCAAGAAUGAAGUAAAAUCGGUGCAUCCUGUGUACAACAUCGGCAUCGAUGCCGUCAUCCACGCUAAUGAACAUUUUAACCUGCUCCCAGUUCCAGGGUCGUCAGGGAAACACGAAGAGAAGUAACAUCCAAUAUCUCUGUCUGAAACAAUCUAUUCUCUCGAGGGGCAGGACUGUCAGUAUUGUUUAUUAAGACAACUACACCACCAAGACAAGCUACAACCAACUGAUAAACUGAUGUAACUAGUACUGAAUGUUUGUAAAAGAUUUCGUCAAUGCUUUUUUGAUGGUUUCCAGCAUAGAUCUGUCUCCAUGCUCCUAACUAUCGAGCAAAAGGGGAAGGGCGUUGAACAUUAACAUGAUAAGAAAAUAUAUAUGGGCAUAGUGUUCAGGGACGUUGAGGUUUAUUAUGUAUCCAACCCUGUUAAGUGGUAUUCCAGAUGCUCCUGUCAUGAAAAGUUUAUCUCUGCGGAUGCCAAUAUUUAAAUGUUAAAAUUAAUUUUUCGUUCUUUUUCUCUUGCAAAGAGUGACAAAUCAAUCCACUAUUUAGCCCUAAGCUCAUGAGCAGGCAUGGUCAGGCCUUCCAUGUGGAAAUCCCAGUCUGAUUUACUUGUUCAAGCUGUGUACACUGAUAUGUGUCAAUGGUCUCUAUUAAAUUAAUAGACUACGUCUGAGGGCAGAGCACUCUCAUGAUUUGCUACAAAUCAACAGAGGGUGCAUUUGCUUCUCACCAUUGUCUGAUACCAAGAGUUCUUAAAUUGAAUGUUAAGAGACAUUAAGUGGUAUGACAGAUGGCUAGAGGUGUGGCGAUGGCACCCUCAGGAUAGAUCCUUGUUACAUGAUGUCAGAAGAGGCAACUAAGGCGGGAACCAGGUGAACACAAUAGCUAAAGAGUAUGGAUUAACCAGAGACUCUCCGUCAUAACCUGGCUGAAUGAGGGACAUUGUACACGGGUCUGGUCCAAAACUUGAAAAGUCUCCAGUAUAGUAUAAUGAAGAGGAAUGUUCUACCUUCCACACACAGAUAACUCACAACUGUCACAAUGUGGGCCACACCAAUAAAUGUGUAUUUUAUUUACUUGGGUCAGUGUAACAAGAGGCAGGAAGUAAAAAGCAUAAUGUCAGUGGUCAGAUAACUAAAGCACUCUAUCACUUGUAUUGAGUAUUAGCCAUGCAUUUUUCAGAUGUUGUUUGUUUUAGACUCUUGUGUCUAACCAUAUGUUUAAAGAGUUACAGUCAAGUCCCAUUAAUCAGACAUUGUUGGUUUCAUAUGAUUAUGCGGAUUAACGAGUAUGUCGGAUAAACUAAAUUAAGUAGUGUCAAUGUUCGUGAUCGAAAAUUGGACAACUACACGAUAGAUAAUUAUAUGAACAAGUAAGGAAAAAGGAAAAAGGAAAUAUUCAUAUUGUUGUGUUACAUUCAUACAUCAAAACACGAGGCUGUGUACUCGCGGGCAGAUGACCAUAGUGUAAGCUGAUCACUGUGUCGGAUUAACGAGACUGAUUAAUGAGUGUUUUCAGCAAUUCAUUGCAAAUUAAGUGUCGGAAUCGGAGUGAGAGACUGUCGGAUUAACGGGUCUAAAUAGCACUGAUUUAAUCGGUUCCCAACAUUUGUGUCGGAUAAAGCCGAUUGUCGUAGUAACGAGUGUCAGAUAAACGAGACUUGACUGUAUAUUGUGUUCCAACCAUUGUCAGUAUUUUCAUCCGAUACACCUUUGUUGUAACACCUGCAAUUAUUUGUUUUAUUGAAAAGGAGUGAUCCAAUUAUUUUGUUUGGCAUCCGUACAUUCAAAGCCUUAGUUAGGAUUAGCAGUAUGUGUCUUCUGAAUCCUAAAGUGGAGGUAGAUUCUUUUUAAUUAGGUGCAGGUACUGUUGGAAUACUUGUAUAAAACCCUGUGAAGAUCGGGGCUAGAAUAGGUCCCCAGCAAUCCAUGCUUGUCCAGUAUGUUGUAUAUGGUGAAAUGUGGUACUAGGUCUGACUGAUUGAGAAAGAGCUUCCAGGUGUACUGCUUUUCGAAGAUGGAUUUAGAGUGCCGAUAAAGAACCAUUUAUGUUUGGCUUUUUGGACAUGCUGAUCCUAAAUACGCAAUAGUAAAAGAAACAACUUUUGUUACAAAGGUGGUACUUGUUGUUACCCUGACUGGUAGACUCGGGGGUCAGUAUACUGUGAUUGAGUAGGGAUAUCCAUGUUAAACUGCAGCAUAUCAAAGUUGUUCAAGCACUCUAAAACCGGCAUUAGUAUGGGCAGGUACAAGCAGCCACACACACACACAUGUAGCACUUGCCAUGUAAGUGCAGUAAUCUUGAACGUGAUGUUUCAGCACAGGUGCUACUUGUGGUCUGUUGAUCCAACAAGUAAUCCCAGUUGUGGAUCACCAUGUGAUAAAGGUUCCAGCAUCGGUACCACAUUGAAAGAAUAAUGAAGUGGAAAUCCAAAAGUCAACCCUGUUUCAUUAAAAUGACAAAAGUCGAUUAAAGUAGAAAAACACUCCAAGGCUUGCUGAGGACAUUUUUUUCUACUUUUUGAUAUCGUGUUGAUAUAUUUGAUUUGACACAAAGGUGAGAUUUUAUUUAUUAUCAAAUAUCAAUCUCAGUCAUUAAGUACAAGACCAAUGUAUAAGACUGAUUACUAAUUGGACAUUUGAGACCAUCGUGAAAUGAUGAAGGUGUAUUCCUCGCAAAAACAUGCCAUUGUUUUAAUUGACUGAAACUUUUGCGGUUUAUGUUUCUGUACGAUAGCUGAGAAAUCACUACCAAAGUGUAAUUUUUUGUAAGUGUUGUGUCCAUAAAUUCAAAACUCAUUGUUAAACAAGACACCUUUAUUUGACUCUAUUGGUAAGUUGGUCAAGCGUUUAAUCUGCUGAGCAAUACUGCCUGUCUGUAGAUGUGGUGACAUUCCCUUCUGACGUCCCAGUAACGAAGUGGCGAUACAUUGUAACAUUACCAUGGUUACAGUGCUAAGACUAUACAGCUAUGGAGAUGUGUUGCACCCAAUCACCUCCUCACUAACCAAAGAGCUUGUUAUUCUGAAUGUAGUUUAAAAUGAUGGAGAGAACGAAAGAAAAUGUGUUUUUUAGUCAAAAGGUGGUCAAAAAUAGAAUCACUUGUGUUACAUUUGAACAUAAAAAACCUCACAUUAACGCUGAUGUCAGUUAACCAGUGGGUGACCAGGAAUGCAAUGUUCCCGUGGAGAUAUUGCUUGGUCUCCUGUGGGUGUUAGAAUUAGACGAAUGAAUCCACCUACAUCCUGUUAAACAGAAACUGAAAGAUUAUUUCUUUAGGUAAAUUUUGUCAAGUUUGAAAUGAUACUCUCAAUUUAUUCAGUUGGUAUUAUCAGUCAUUGUUGUUCUUGGAUUAAUUCUGAGCGACAGCAUGUAGUGUUUUUGUAAAUGCAUGGAGUAAAUUAGAAGAAUUGAAUCAAUAUAUGAACAUAUCAGUGCAGUUAAACUUUUUCAUCCAUAUUCUCCACAUUACAGGCAAUUGUUGGGGAAUGUAUGCAUAGACAUAUAGAGACAUGACCCAUGUUUAUUUCCUAUCUGGAAGUUUUGUUCAUGUGGAAGGUUCUGGAUUUACAGGGUUUUACUGUAUCAGUGGGGGCACGGGUGGCCCAGUCGUCUAAGGCGCCGCUGUGCAGAGUUGCGAUCCUUGGGCACGCCAGAAACCUACGAUUGUGGGUUUCGAAUCCCGGUUCCCACGUUUCUAGGUUUGUGAGCACC